AUGGGGGCUGCCGGGCCGCGGUUUUCCUUCAUUUCACCCUGCAAGAGUCCAGUUCUGCUGUCACAUCCAUUUCGACCACCGCCAAGCACCCGCGUUCCAGUUGGUACCAAGCGCAACCUCGGAGCACAACAGUGUCCACCUACCGGCAGGAUCAUGAGGAUGGGAGACCUGCCUCUGCACCGUGCAGCAGCGCAGGGCCAGGAGGCCAGGGUGCUGGAGCUGCUGGCGGCUGAGCCUGGCAGCGCCGCCGAACAGACUGCUGACGGCACCACCGCCCUGCACCUGGCUGCGGCCGGCGGCCACGAGCUCAUCGUGCGCCACCUGAUCAAGGCUGGCCCUGCUGCCCUCUUCGCCACUGACCGGCUGGGACGCCUGCCGCUGCACUGCGCCAUUGUGGCGCGGCACGCGCCGAUUGUGCGCGUCCUACUGUCAGAGGCCGCCCACACCGCAACUGCGCUCAACGCCUACCCCAACGCCUGCUGCCGCGGCUCUACACCCCUGCACUGGGCCGCUGACGCCGGAGACACCGACAUCGUGGCCCUGCUGCUAGCGGCUGCCCCGCAGACUGCAACCUGGUGCAACUCCCAUGCACACUCUGCCCUGCACUUUUGCAUCUUUGGCGCGCACCGCUGGGAGGUGGGCGGCGGCGAGGCGGCGGCCGUGGCACGGCUGCUGCUGGGCGCCGGCGCCACCGCCACCGCAAUCGACUCGGACGGCGACACCCCGCUGCACUGCGCCGCGCUCAAGGGGUGCGUGGAACUGGUGGAGCUGCUGGCCGCCCAGGCGCCCGCCACGGCAGCAGAAUGCAACCACGCCGGCCAGCUGCCCAUCACGUGCGCGCUGGCAGAGGCGGCGGCGCUGGUGGACUGGAGCCGUGCCGCGGAGCCGGGGCCCUGCGCCGAGGAGCGUCCCCAAUUCGAGGCCUUCAUGCGCUGCUCCAGGCUGCUGCUGCCGUACGGCCCCACCCAGCAGCUGGUGGAGGCGCUGGCGGCGGCAGGCCCCGUAGCGCUGCCGCUGUUUGGCGACCUGGUCGCCUGCCGGCGCCUGUCGCCCGAGCAGUGGCAGCUGGUGCCCGCCGGCUGCCCCGGGCUGGGCGCGGCGCUGCCCGCCGUCAUGCAGCGCUCGUGCACCGAGGCGGGGUGCCUGGCGCGGCGGCUUCCCGAAGCCGACCGCGCCGCUCUGCAUGCCGCGCUGCUGGCGCUGGCGCGAACGCAGCGCCAGCUGGGCGUGGCGCUGCCCGCGGAUGUGGCCCGGCAGACGCUGUGCUUCCUGUGCCAGGAGUGA